AAUUCUCACGUUCGCUGUACGCUUUCAAGAUGGCGGCCUACUCGCUCAAUAUGGCGAACAUUUGAAAACUUGAUUUUAUAAAGGUGCUUAUGCAUUUAUUUCUUGAAUAAUCCAAAAAAUUAGGCUAUUAGAUCAAUGUGCUUAGAUCAUGUCGACUAGUUCAACCAAAUUACACAAGAAGCGCGGGUAUGGUACCGACGAUGAGCCAAGAACGAGCGACGAGUGGAGAGGAGAGAGAGGCCCAGACUGGAAGGUGAAAACGCUAGAUGAAAUACUUUCUGAGAAACGCAGAAAACUGGAAGGCGGCGAGGAGAGCCCUCCACCUCGGGAAUCGCUCAUAUCGCCAUCGACGCCUUCUGAAGUGAUCUACCAGAUGAGCCCUGUGCGGAGCAGUCCAUCUUUGUCAACAGGGAGUAUCACCCCAAGAAAAAGCAAGAUCUCUUUACGGGAUGACGAGGAGCAAAUGCCACCCCCUAGAAAGCGUAAAGGAACUGAGGGAGAGGAGGGUGAAAUACUAAGUGAUGGCUCAGAUGGAGAAGGUCGAGCUGGUCGUGGUAAAAGACAGAAAAGUGCUGGAUCUGGCCAGGAAAUCCAGACAACAGAAGAGAAAACUACUGAGAGUGCAGAGGGUUCUUCAGAAGAAGAAGAAAUGGAUGAUGAAGAUGAAGAUCAUGAUGAUGAUGAUGAUGAUGAGGAGGAGGAGGAUGAGGAUGGAGAUCAAGAAAUAAAAGGACCCAUUAAAACUGCAGAAGAGAGUGAUGAUAAUUCUAGUGGAUCAGAUGAUGAAAGUGAAGAGAGUUCAGAAGAGGAAGGGAACCAAGAAUCAGCUGUCAACAAACAGGAAACUGCUACGCAAGAUGAAAGCUCUGAUAGUGAGGAAAGCUCUGAAGGAAGCUCAGAGGAGGAUGAAAGUGAGACUAGUGAGGAGGAGAGAGGGGAAGAGGUGACUGCAGUCCCAGCCCAACCCACUACUGCAAUAACGGAAGAGGAGGAGGACCCUGAGGAUAUUCACAAGGAAUUACUCAAGGCUGCAGCCUCUAAGAAACAAGAUCGAAAGUGGAAGGAGGAAAGAGUCAAACAGGAAUCAAAAGACCUUAGGGAAAGAAUAUCUUCUUCUGAGCAUAGGCAUAGAGAUGGCAGAGAGUCCUGGAGGGAAAAACCUAAACACAGAAGACGAAGCCAUGAGGAGAGAGAGCAGAGAAGAGAUCGUUUUAGAGAUAGAGAUGAAAAGGGUAGCGACCUGGAAAGGAGAGAUGGAAGGAGAGAGGCAAUGAAAGCCAGUAAUAGGGAGAAUCGGACAGCUGAUCUAUUAGAGAACAAGACUGUAGAUGCAGAUGUUAGGUCUGCAAGUCGGGACUCACACUCAAGAACAAGUGAGGGUGGGGAUAAGAGAGAUAUAAGAGCAAAAGAAACUGAUAGUCAAAGAGUAAAAAGCAAAAUCAGAAGCCGCGAUCUACCUACAGAAAAAGAAAAGACAAGUCGCAGCAGUAGUGAGCUAUCAGGAGAUAGUCAGGGUUCUACAAGGCCACGUUGCAGACCUGCUGAGCCUGAAGGAACUCGAGAUAGAAAAAGAGGCAAAGAAUCUGAAAGCUUAUCCAAAGUUGCUGUAGUGAAACCCAAGGAAAAAAGAGAUUCUUCAGGGAAAAAAGAUCAAUCAGAGACCACGCCUAAUCCAGAAAUACAGAAACAGAAUGAGGUGGAGUCACUGGUGCUUACAGAACUGGAGAGAAAACAAUUUAAUACUGAAGUUGUUGAUGUGGAAAGUGAAGAGAGUAGUGACACUGAUUCAUCUGAGUCUGCAGAGGAACCAGAACAUGAUGAUUCUGCUCAGGAGGAAAAGGUUGAACCAGAGGAGGAGAAACCAGGGUUACCAGACUAUCUACCUGCCAUUCAGGGCUGCCGUAAUGUGGAGGAGUUCCAGUGGUUAAACCGGAUAGAGGAGGGGACUUAUGGAGUGGUGUACAGGGCUAAAGAGAAGGCAUCAGGUGAGGUCGUAGCAUUGAAGCGGUUGAAGAUGGAAAAAGAAAAAGAGGGAUUCCCCAUCACUUCAUUGAGAGAAAUCAACACUCUGCUAAAAGCACAACACCCAAACAUUGUGCACGUGCGGGAAAUUGUUGUGGGCAGUAACAUGGACCGGAUCUACAUUGUGAUGGACUAUGUUGAACAUGAUCUCAAGACUUUGAUGGAGCACAUGACAAGCCCUUUCACAGUGGGAGAGGUAAAGACACUUCUCAUCCAGUUGUUAAGAGCUACAGCCCAUCUCCAUGACAACUGGAUACUACAUCGAGACCUUAAGACAUCCAAUCUUCUCCUUAACAACAGGGGCAUUCUCAAGGUUGGGGACUUUGGACUAGCACGAGAGUAUGGAUCUCCUCUCAGACAUUACACACCUAUUGUGGUGACAUUAUGGUACAGAGCACCGGAACUGUUAUUGGGAAUAAAGGAGUACUCCUGUCCUAUUGAUAUGUGGUCUGUUGGUUGUAUAUUUGCUGAGUUGCUGACAAUGGAACCCCUUUUUCCUGGCCGCUCUGAAAUAGACCAAAUCAACAGGAUAUUUAAGGAGCUGGGAACACCUAGUGACAAAAUAUGGCCUGGUCCACCAGCAUACUCUGAACUACCCCAUGUGAAAAAGAUGACAUUUACAGAAUACCCCUACAACCAGCUCAGGAAUCGGUUUGGAACUUAUCUUACGGAUAAGGGCUUUAGUCUGCUCAACAGGUUCUUGACAUAUGACCCUAAGAAAAGAAUAACAGCUGAAACAGCCUUGAAGGAAGACUAUUUUCUUGAGGCCCCCAAACCCAUUGACCCUUCCCUGUUCCCAACCUGGCCAGCAAAGAGUGAAAUGCAGAAAAUGCCUCGCCGCAAGGACCAUUGCCACAGCCCCAAACCUCCAGAGGGCGGGGAGAUGUUUUCCAAACUGAAAGAUGAAGGGGACAGUGAUGGUUCUGGUGGAUUCCAUAUGUUGACCUCCAAGAAAGGCACAGCUGCAGUGCCUGGCUUUAGCAUCAAGUUCUAAGCUAAACUCGAAGAUCCUUCACAUGCACUGAGUCUGAAGAGUGAAUCUAAAGCCUUGUAAUAUACUGUAUAGUUUGUAGUGUUGUAAAACAUUUGUACAAACAAUAAAUCAAAUUUACAUGUU